AUGGCUGAUCAAUCAACAAUGUACCGGUGGGACGGGAGUUACGACUUCAAGCGUCGCGAAGAUUGGGAUUACAAGCAUUCCUACAACUUGAUGGCUGGCAUGCUGGGGCAAGAAGAGGUCAGGGAAACGCAAAGACGGAAGAAAAAGAUGGGCACCGUGGACCAACAAGCCCCGCCGUUGCCCAAGGACGAUCCCAUGGUCGAGACCAUUGAAAAAACGGCGAAGCACAUUCACAAGUCAAACGACCCAGGUGUGUUCGAGCACCUUAUUCAGGAAAAGAAUAAGGGAAAGCCUGGGUGGAGUUUCUUGCAAGAAGGUGGAGAAGGCUAUGAGUACUACAAGUUUUGCCGCCACUGCUGCGAACGAGAGGUGGAUCCACGACCACUGGCCUUGCAUGCGAGGAAAGUCAAAGAGGACCGCGAGAUCAAACAGGCAAAUGCGAAGGCAAACGUGUUCACAGGGUACCAAGGCACUGAUGUCCCCAAGAAGACCGAGAAAGAUGCCAAGUUCAAGACGGGAGAGUUAAUGGAGGUGGUGGGCGUGAAGAGCAAGACUGAUUACAACGGCAAAAUUGUCCGUGUCUUGAAGUACCACCCGGAGGCAGACAGAUAUGAAGUGAAGUUCGAAGGUGGACGAUAUGAUUCUGUAGUCGUCAAGCUGAAGGAAGAGAACCUCAUGUAUUCUGCCAUGCAAGAAAAGGAGGUGCAAGAAACAAAGGACAUGCCGGAAGGUGAGAUCCCGAACGGCACGAAGGUAGAAGUUCGCGGCUUGCAAAGCGAGACGGCGAAAUGGAUGAACGGCCUGAAGGCCAUCGUCGUCUGCUGGGACAAGGAUUCGGAAAGGUACGAGGUCCGCCUGAGUCUCAACAACGAUAUCAAGAAGGUGAAGCCACCCAACCUUCGACUGGAGGUCCCAGAGGGCUGGCAGGAGCACUGGGACGAACAUUUAGGUCGGCACUAUUACGUGAACCAGACCACUCAGAAAGUCACAUGGAAGCACCCCACCGUUACAAAUCAACGGGCCAAGUUUGGGCAGGUCAAAGAGAAGCUUGAUCCAGAUUUGGAAGAUGUGGAAAUUGACCACGAGCGCAAGCACUACGAGGUGGAUGAGCAGGAAGAGAUGGAAGGGCAAUUUGACUUGCAGGCGUUGGUGAAGAAGGUGGAGGAACAGGAGGACAGACGUGAGAAGGCUGAAGAAGCAGGGCAGGAUGUUGACAGCGAUGAUGGGCUGCACGCGAUUGCCAAGCCGAAGAAAAAGAAAGCCAAGAAAGAGAAGGUCACACCAGAGUCCAUCAUCGAAAAGGCACUCCUGCUCAUUGAGCACACUUUCGUUGCCAGGGAGUCCAUCAAGAAGGACUACUCGCGUCUCGACGGUAACUUCUGCGCAAGAGACUUGGAUCCCAUUGUCAAGAAGUGGGAGGCCUUGGAGCGCAUCUCGGAGGCUCCAGACGCAUUGUGCAAAGAGACGUUUGAAGUGAUGCUUGCAUUGAUUCAGAGGGGCGCAGAGCUUCUGAAAGAGCUGUCACAGAAUCGCCUCCAGCUUUCCGAGCUGAACAAGAUCAUGAACCGAGUCACCACGCUUGAGAAGAGAGAGGACCUCUUUGAAGAUGCCAAGUGGGUGCACUCUUUCAUGAAGACACUGUAA